CGGCCUGGCGGGGACCCGGGCCUUCAGCUAGUGUAGCGGCUCCAGCGAUCGGGGGGACCCCCGGGGUCGCCCAGGACCGUCCAUCGGAAGUGGGGAACCCUGCGUGGCCCGCGCCAGGAGCGACCUCCGAGCCCCGCCCUCCAGGAUCUGGGGACCGGCCGUGGAACACGGAAACCAUGGCCAGUUUUCAUCAUCCAGGUUUCUUCAUGGAAGAACUUAAUAAAUACCGUCAGAAGCAUGGAGUAGAGGUGAAGUAUGAUGAACUGUCAGUAACAGGCCCUCCACAUGCUCGAAGAUUUACAUUUCAAGUUACAAUUGAUGGGAGAGAAUUUCCAAAAGCUGAAGGUAAAACAAAGCAGGAAGCAAAAAAUGCUGCUGCCGAAUUAGCUGUUGAGAUACUUAAUAAAGAAAAAAAGGGAGUUAGUUCUCUUUCACUAACGUCAGAAGGCUCAUCCACGGGGAAUUACAUAGGCCUUAUCAAUAGAAUUGCCCAGAAGGAAAAUCUUCCUGUGCACUAUGAACCGUGUAUAUCCGUGGAAUUGGGGUCUCAAAGAUUUUAUUGCAAAUGCAAAAUUGGAAAUCAAGAAUAUGCUAUUGGUGCAGGUCCUACCAAACAAGAAGCAAAGCAAAUGGCUGCAAAGCUUGCUUACCAUAAGAAAGUAUUAGAAGGUUCACUGAAAAAUGACUCAGGGUCCCCUGGUUAUUUUAGUGACUGGUCCAAUGUCUCUUCUACAAGGACAUCUGCUAAUGCAUUGCUGUCAUCUGAAAGUGACUCCGCAGCAGAUUUAUCUCGAAGCUGUGACAAGAGUAACAGUGUAAAUACUUCUGCAUCUUCUUCUAUGAAUGGUCCCAAAAACCAUCAGAAGAAGAAAGAAGUACACUUGGCACCUUCAUUUAACUCUCCUGUUUUAAAAGGAAACAAGUAUACAAUAAACAACAGGUUUAUCGAGAAUUUUGAAGAAAUAAAGCAAAUUGGUGCUGGAGGAUUUGGCCGAGUUUUCAAAGCGAAGCACAACAUUGAUAAAAAGACUUACGUAAUUAAAUGUGUUAAGUAUGAUGACCCGAAGGUGGAGCGUGAAGUAAGAGCCUUGGCACAACUUAACCACGCCAAUAUCGUUGAUUAUUGUUGUUGCUGGGACGGAGAUGAUUAUGACUUUGGGGAGAGUGGGAAUUGGAUUUUGAGUUCAGAUACUGCCGAAGAAUUGGAGAUUUUGGAGAUCUGCCAUUUGAAUUUGAAUGUCAUAUCAAAGACGAAGUGCCUUUUCAUCCAAAUGGAAUUCUGUGAUAAAGGGACGUUGGAGCAAUGGAUUGAAGCAGGAAGACUGAACAAAUCAGACAAAACCAUGGCUUUGAACCUAUUUGAACAAAUAGUAACAGGAGUUGGUUAUAUACAUUCAAAAGGCUUAAUUCAUAGAGACCUUAAGCCCAGUAACAUAUUUUUAGUAGAUGAAGAACACAUAAAGAUUGGAGACUUUGGACUUGUAACAGCUCUAAAAAGUGAUGAAAAACGAACAACAAAUACGGGAACAAGGCGAUACAUGAGUCCAGAGCAGCUUUCCUCAAAGGAAUAUGGAAAAGAAGUGGACAUUUUUUCUUUGGGGCUAAUUCUUGCUGAACUUCUUCACCAGUAUCCCACAGUUAUGGAAACAAUAGAGAUUUUUGAAGAUCUAAGGAAUGGCAUUUUCCCUGAUGUAUUUGACAGCAAAGAGAAAAGUCUUCUAAAGAAAUUACUAGCAAAAAACCCAAAGGAACGACCUGACACAUCUGAAAUACUGAAGACCUUGGCUCAGUGGAAGAAUUUUGAAGAGAAGAGGAAAAACAACACAUAUUAGGCUUCUUUGGGAAAAGAUCAGAUUUCUAAUAUGUAAUUUUCCUUUAAUGCCAAACUCGGCUAGGGGAUAUUGAUGGGCACUGAUCUUUUAUUUUCAUUUUCUUUCUAUUAUUGUAUUUUAACUUGGAUUUUCUUUAACUUCAAAUAUAUUUUUAGACUUU